AAGAAACUCUUAGUGUUGAAAUGACAAAAAGCCCCUUGUGCCUAACCGGAAAUUGCGAGGGCCGAGUGACCCAGAGGCCGCUCUGUCAUCUCUUUCUCAUAGGAGAGAGACAGAGUAGAGAGAGAAGCAAUGGCAAUGUUCGUGGGUGGGAAAUUCCAGCUGACGAGUAACCCUAGGAUUAACCAAGACGCCAACCACAGCCUGGAGGGCAACAUAAACCCUCGCCGUCUGCCCCACCAUCUCAGGCUGCCGCCUCGACGGCCCAGCUCACUGCCCGUCCAGUCGCAGUAUGUUAACGGAGCAUCUGGGCCGUCAGUUUCAUCGCUAUACACUGAAACUCUCGGAUCUCCAUCACUUUCUCAGACUUCACUUCUUCACCUCCCUCAGUGGAACCUCACCCACCGCCGCAUCGUCUUCCUCAAUGUCGUUGCUUGCGCAGUAGCAGUUUCCGCAACGUGGCUCUUCUGCUCUGCUAUCCCCGCCCUACUGGCUUUCAAGAAGGCAGCUCAAUCACUCGAAAAACUGAUGGAUGUUAUGAGGGAAGAGCUUCCCGACACAUUAACUGCUGUUCGUUUAUCCGGAAUGGAGAUUAGUGACCUCACUAUGGAGCUCAGUGAUCUUGGACAGGAAAUUACACAAGGCGUUAGAAGUUCCACUCGAGCUGUUCGCGUGGCGGAGGAGAGGUUGCGCCGCUUGAAAAACAUGGCUCCAUCAGCAUCGGUGCAGGUAGUAAGUCAGAAAACUGAGGUGCCAGGGCCCAUUUUGGCUAAAACUGCAAGAGGCAUACGGGAGGGGAUCCUGAAUGGUCGUGCUCUAUGGCAAAUGUUUUUCACUCUUACCCGGUUUUCUAGGUUGGCACUUCACUAUUUAACAAAUCGAACUAAGUAGUAGGGUAGAUCACAACACAUGCAAGAGCAUCACGGUGAGCCGCAUCAAAUUUUUGUGAAUGUACAUAACUUUUCACAUUUUCAUUUUUCAGUUUAAUAAUUGAAGUUUUUUUUUUUUUUUUUUUUUUUUUUUCACUUAAUGAGGAUUUUCCGUUUCAGAGUGUUGCUUCAAGAUAGACAUCCUUUGAUUUGCUUCUUGCUUUGUGCUGUUACUGUUAGUACCUCGUAGAUUUGUAUGAGAACACCUCCGCAAUGCUUUCUACUUGACCAAAUAACAUCAUCUCCUUGUUAUAAACUCCCCCCUAAUACUUAACAGCUUAAUUAAAGUUGGUGAAUUCAAAGUGUGCAAUGUUAUAAUCUGAUUUUAUUUUGUGCUGUGAUUGCUGAUUAAUUUUGGGCAUUAGAGCUUAGUUAUGAUCUGAAUAUAGAAUUGUGCUGAAAUUGUAAAGUGUGCAAUGUUAUGAUCUGAUUUUAUUUUGGAAUUGAGACAUUAGAGCUUAGUUCGUUUGGAUGAGGGAAUUUAAACUGGCAUGGAACUUAGGGUAAAUUUUUUGAGUAUGCAAUACAUUUGAGUAGUUCAUUGGUAGUGUUCCUGUCAUUUAAUUUUAACAAUUGAGGAUAAGUUGUUAGUAAUUUGAAACGUAGCGUUAAGGGUCAAUGUGUUGUAUAUCCAGGGCUAGAACGAAAACUAGAUUGAAAAUAUAGUUGAAUGUGAGGUUGCUAGAUUUAAUAUAUGUAAUGGUACCACAUUACUGAAGAGAAUGGAUACUCUAGGAAUCAUAAGACAUGAACCAAAAGUAAGUUGCGGUUAAUGUCAAUAAUAGAGUGCCUUGCUUGGCAUUUAACUCGUAUGGGAGAAACAAUGUUGAUACUUGGUGAUGGGUAGUUACAUGAGUGAGAUUUUAUCUAGAUCUAGUAGCACGGACAAAAAUUCUAGGGAAAUACCCAAAAACAGGACAAUUUCUUAAUCUUGAGACAAAAAUAGGACAAAUCGGCCAUGCACAAAACCAAAAUUACUAAAAUACCCACAUAUAAAUAGUAAAAAUGCACAGAUGAUGACAUCAUUUUUAUGGGUUGGAAGAGCAGGAUGUCGAGAGAGCUCUGGUUUUUGUGUUGAGCUCAAAGAUGUGAGAGCAAUGUCUAGGAGGAAUCGAACUUGCUUCUGAGCAAACAAUUCGAGGAGCACCAGAAGGAUCCUGAGAAGCCCACCAAGGCCUCGCUGGAGAACUUGUAGCAUGUGAAUGGAGGCGGUAAUGGGUGCGCGUGGACUGCAGAUGGGCUGCCGUUGGGGCGCGUGAGCAUGAUGGGUAAGCUUAUGGGUCAGGCUCAAUGGGACUCAAGUCUCAUUGCAAUGAGUUCUAUACCAGUGAUGUUUGUGAGUGUUUUGUUUGAUUUUCUUGAAUUAACAGUUUGGAAUUGUGCAAUGUCUGGAUGUCUGUGUUCUAUUGGGCCCUCAGUAGCUUUGAUGUCGUUGAUUUUCGAUAACAGAUUGAUUCAAUUUUGAUUGUGUAUUUAAAUUAUGUUAAAUUAGCUAAAUUUAAAUCUCGUUGUGGUA